GUGUAUGUAGUGUAGCCUAGUUAUUAAGGACCUGGGUUGAUAAAAUUUUACGUUCAAACGCUGCCAUUAUGCUGUUGAGAAAGACACUUAAAAGCAUGCAUGCAUAAAAACAAACUAAAUUAACUUUCCUAUGUUGACACUUCCUUUUGAAAACAAUUUUGGGGCCAGAUAAAUGUUUUAUCUACCCCUAAAUGAUGCAAAUUAGUACUAAUAUGCACAUUUUAGUUACCUUUCAAAUUACUGCCACAGUAACAAUCUGUUGUACCAUUUAAGGUACCAGUUUUUUGCUGACAGUGUAACGGAUAUGUAAAAAGUCAUAAAAAAAAUCCAAUUUACAGUGUGCUGUAAGUCACUCAACAAUUUUCAUAGUCCUAGAUGGUGUAGCUACUGUAGAUGCCAAGAUAUACUAUUUGACUGAGUAUGUAGCUUGUUUGGGGGGGAACAAAGAAACAUUUCUCUGCCAGUUUUAAUGAAUCAACUAUAAACCUCCAUGUUUAAUGCAGCCUCAGAGCAUAAAACAAACUGCAAAUGUGCAGCUUCAUAAUAACUCACCCAAACCCACACCAGCACACACACCCGCUCAUCACCACCUACGCAUGCAGGAAGAGGGAAGGUAGAAGAUCCACCUACGCAUGUUUAAAACACACCCAUGCAGUGCACUCGAGGAAGGUCGUCCAACUGGGCAACAUACAAAUACCCCUAUACAUCUACAUCUGAACAUCAAAGCCAAAACAAACUGAAGGAGAAAAUUUGUUUUAUAUCAUACGUAUAGAUAUGACCUUCUUUUUAAAAAAAAAAAAAAAAAAAAAAAGAGAGAAAGCAUAUACGUGCAGUGCGUGCAAACUAAAGAAGAGAGAAAGCAAAAGCAAAGGAUCAAAGGUAGCAAAAAGCUUUGAAGCAGAUAAAAAAAUGGGAUAAGAUGCUUGUGUGCCUUUACCGGUUGAUGUCAAGAUCUUGAGGGAGAUAAAGAAGGUUUUUUUUUUUUUUUUUUUCUUUUAUAGAGAAGACCUUGAUUAUAAUCAUCAAUUAAAACAUCAUUUAGACCUUUGCUGGUUAGUGACAUAAGAGAUAUAAUGAUUAAGGUUGGCAAAAGCAAGAGACUAGAAAUCAGCUAUAAUGUGUCUUAAAGGUUUUAAAAUAUCAUAUCAAGCUGCAAGGGAGCUUUUUCUAUUUAUAUGGAACAGAAAUAUGUCUAUCGAAUGGAUCUCUCAAAUGUUUCUCAUUUAACAUAAAUUUACUAUUUAUGUUAUUCAUAAUUGAAAGAUGAUCUCAGUCCUGCUUAUGUACUGUAUUUACUCUAGGCAAAUAAUAAUUAAGAUUAAUCUAUUCAUCAUCUGGAUUCAAUCCAUUCAACUACAAUAAUCCUGUGUGAGAUUUACAAAAUAACAUAUAAACAAAAACUAACACGAAUGACAAUGUAAGAGAAAAAUGCUACGCGCCCCACUCCAAAUGUAUGCAAAGCACUUGUAAACAUGUGGCUGGGACUGGAAUUCAAUAUAAAUUCAUUUCAACAAGUCAAAAGUGCAUGCAAAUAUCUGACCGAUAGCUUUGACAUUAUACAUCUGAUGUUGCACUUAUGCAAAGCCAUUAAGCGCCCACAGUAUUAAGUAGAUUAUGUAUGUGACGUUACAUAACUUGCAAAUACAAUAGAGAUGGAAUAGAAAUCCGGUUCAUAAUAUUUAAUAAUAUUCUAAAGAGUUUAAGGUCACAAAAUCAAUUCUAUCAAAUCUCUGAUAUAGGUAUGUUUAAAAUAAAUCUUAAAAAAAACAAAAAAACAUUAAUUAUUAAAAUGGGUAGGACAUAUAUUAAGUCAUUUGAAAACUUCCUUAGUUCUUGCUGUCUUUCAAUGUUUAAUUCGCUACUCAUCCAUGGGCCAAAAUCCAUCAUGAAGCACUUUCUAUCAAAUCCACAAACAAAUACUAUGGAAAUUUUUGUAUGAACGCAUUGUGCAAGCCACAUUUCAAUUGUCUAUUCAACACACAUUUUUCCAGACAAAUAUUUUGUACCAGAUCUUUUUUCUGUGCUCAUGUUCUGUCACUGCACUAUACACAAAGUGUUUCUGAACAUACAAGUUCUGUGACUGGGAAAUAACACCCUGUUUGAUAACAAAAAUGUUUUUCCUUUGACUCAUAUUUUACUGAAGUACACCUACAACAACUUUCUACACAAUACAUAAGAAACUCCUCUGACCUAAACAGUUAUUUAGUUGCUUUGCACUAAAAAGUAGCAAGACAGAGCGCAAAUGAAGAAAGCAAAAAGCAAGGAUUUUUUUUAAGUUUAACUUGAUAGUGUCGUAAAAACACAGCACUGAAAAAAAAAAUUGAGAUUAGAUGCAACUGGAAAGCACCAGCAAUUAACAAAGUAGCACAGAGUGAACAACCCCUUAUACUUCAAAGCUUUACUCUGUGAAUUAUCAGUGUCAUUUAAAACGUGCUUGAACAUUGAGGUGAGACCAGAACAUUUCCAUGUGAAGCCGGAAUGAAACUUGAUGUAGACCCUUAAUUUACUUGCAAAGCACAUGCAAGCUGAUCAGAAGUGUGGGGUGGGGCGUAUUACUCACAUACGUGUUGUCAGUUGACCAUCUAACUAUCAUAAUCACUCGCCACUGAGAGAAUCACAACACAUCAAAACAAGAAGAGCCUAAGCAAUACUGAGAAUGGCUAAGGAGUGGACGCUUCUGUUGCUCUGUGGCAUUCUGGGGUCUGGACUCAGCGAGAAUCCAUCAUGGUUUGAGAACAUCUCGACAAAUCUUUUCAAAUCCCCUGGAGAUAUUAUGAUAGGAGGACUUUUCCCCAUUAACGAACUCACCAGUGUACUGAGCAAACGGGUGAAGCCUGACGAUCUUGAGUGCAACAGUAUAAGCACAUAUGGUCUGUCUCUCUCAUUGGUGAUGAAGUUCUCUGUGGAUGAGAUCAAUUCCUUAGAGGAUCUUCUACCUGGAAUCACACUAGGAUUUGAAAGUUAUGACACCUGCAUGCAACCAGCCGUUGUCAUGAAGCCCGUCCUCCAGCUUCUCACAAAGGAGUCAACAGAGGAACUGGACAUCUCCUGUAACUACACCGACUACAAGACUCGUGUUAUAGCUAUCAUAGGCCCAAACAGUUCUGAGUUGGUCCCGGUCAUUGGCAAGCUGAUUGGGUUUUUUCUGAUGCCACUGAUUAGCUAUGGUGCCACCAGCGACAUGUUCAGCGACAAAGAGACCUUCCCGUCCUUCAUGCGCACAGUUCCCAGUGAUCGCUGGCAGGUUGCGGCCAUGGUGCAGCUUCUGAAAGAGUUUGGGUGGAACUGGGUCUCAAUAGUAGGUAGUGAUGAUGAAUACGGACAGAAGGGUCAGCAGCAGUUUUCCAGCAUGGCCAAUGAGGAGUCCAUCUGUGUGGCAUAUCAGGGUUUGAUUCCUGUAUACAGUGAUCCAGAGCCAGCGAUAAAAGAGAUUCUCAGUCGAAUUGUGGACGCCAAAGUAGGAGUGGUGGUGGUCUUCUCUCUCCCCAAGCCAGCCAGAGACUUCUUCAUAGAGGUAAUCAAACGCAACAUAACAGCCGUUUGGGUGGCAAGCACAGGAUGGUCUCUGAACGAUGGUGUAUUUACCCUGCCCGGCAUCAAUUCAAUAGGCACAGUACUGGCGUUUGCAGACAUCACCAGACCUCUUCGCCUAUUCAGUCCCUAUAUACAUGAGCUCUUGAAAAAAAUGGAGGAGACACAAAUCCCCCAGGAGCCAGAUACAGAAAUCUCCCCUCUGGACAACCCUUGCCCAAGCUGCAGCUACCUUAGCCAAGCCAACAUGAGCAUGGUAGAGGUAAAACUUGUGCAACGGUCAGCUUUCAGUGUGUAUACUGCCAUCUACUGUGUUGCAUAUGCACUGCAUGACUUGCUUGGAUGCAAUGCCACCAGCUGUGCUCUAAAUCCCAAGACUGACAAAGUCUAUCCUUGGCAGCUGUUACAGAAACUCCAAAAAGUUUCUGUAGAUCUAGAGGGAGCCAAUUUUAAGUUUGAUAAAGAGGGUAAUCCAAACUUUGGCUACGAUUUUAUGCAAUGGAUCUUUAAUGACACCACUGUGCAAUUUGAUGGAAUUGGAUACUUUUAUCAGAACCUCACAAUUGAUAAAGAAGACAUAAAAUGGCACACGAAAAAUGGGAAGGUGCCAUUGUCCACUUGCUCCUCAGACUGUGGAAUAGGACAAGUGCGCAGAGUUAAAGGCUUCCACUCCUGCUGUUUCGACUGCAUUGACUGCAAGGAGGGAACGUACCUAAACAACUCAGAUGACAUCCAGUGUAGAGCAUGUCCCACUGGCCAGUGGUCCACCCUGCGAAGCACAAGCUGUGUCUAUCCCAUCUAUACUUACCUGGACUGGAGCAACUAUGAGUCAAUCGGACUCAUUCUGGGAGGAAUUUUGGUGCUUGCAUCACAUGUAUGGGUAGGGGCUCUAUUUUUCAUGCACAGAGGAACUUCACUGGUGAAAACUGCAGGUGGACCGUUGAUUGGCCUUACCCUGUUGAGCCUAGCGGGAGAAUGUAUAAGCCUGGUGCUGUUCCUGGGUCAGCCGGGAGACAUCGUGUGCCGUCUGCAGCAGCCACUAAACGCCUUUUUUCCCACUGUGGCCCUCUCAGUCAUUCUGACCAUUUCCCUUCAGAUUGUGUGCGUCACAGAGUUCCCUGAAAAGUCUCCUGAUCACCUGGAGAACCUACGAGGACGAGGAAGCUUGUUUGUGAUUCUGGGAUGUUGCGGGCUCCAGGCGGGACUAUGUGGUUGGUACGCCCGAGAAGGUCCCUCCCUGACCCAAUACGUGGCCAGUUUGGAGGUGAACUAUGUGAAAACUUUUCUGCGUUGCCCAGUGGAGCCCAUGUUAAACUGCGGCUUGAUGCUCGGUUUCAAUGUUCUUCUGGCACUGAUAUCAUUCAUGUCCACCUUCAUGGCUCUAAAGCCACCAGGACAGUACAACCUGGCCAGAGAUAUCACCAUCUCCACCUUGAGUUACUGUGUAGUGUGGGUGAUGUUCAUCCCCAUCUACACAAGUCUAAAUGAUAAAGAUAAGUCUAUUGCUCAAGUAGGAGUCAGUUUACUUAGUAACAUAGGGCUGGUAGCAGCCUAUUUCUUCCCUAAAUGCCACUUGUUGGUCAAACACCCAGAACUCAACACAGAUGAUCACUUUCGUACAUUUUUAGAAGGGGUCCCACCAACACCACCUGAAGAAAGCUAGAAACAACUGCUAAAUUAUUAAUAUUAUUGUUAUUAGGCUCUGUGGUAUGUAUGGUAUGCCUGAUUGCGAUUGGUCAGUCGCUGUAGUUUGUGGUCAAAUAUUUUUUUAUAACGGUCCUAAUGAUCCUUUCUUUCUUAGUUCUCACAUAAAUCAUUUCAACGUCAAUCAAUUUUUAAUUUGGUAAGCAGUAUGCAGUCAUCUGCUAUAAUUAUAUAUAUAUAUAUAUAUAUAUAUAUAUACAGUCAAACCAAAAAUUAUUCAGACAUUUUUUAUAUAUUUUUACUAGUGGGUGCAGGACACUAUAGUUCAUUUAUGUAAGUGAGGAUAGCAAAAUAAAGUAAACUGUGACAUAUUAUACCCAAAAAUUAUUCAUACAGUGGACUACCAGUAAAACUGAUAAAAAUUUGGAACCAAAAAUUAUUCAGACACUUUGACCUGACCAUGUUUUGCUUAAGUGUUAUCUGACCUAAUUAAGAUUUUUUUCUGACACAGUUUAACUCUAAGAUCUUGUCAUAUUUUAUUACCAUUUUUUUUUAAACUAUAGUGAAUAAACUGUAUUAAUAAAUUAAAUGUUCAAGGUGUCUGAAUAAAUUUUGGUUUGACUGUAUACUGGACAUUCAUACAAUAUUGCAAUUCACUGACUUUUAAUAAAGUAAAUAGGAAAUAAUUAUUGUCAAAUAGUUCAAAUUAUUUGA